UGAAAACGCUGCCGUUUCUCCUCAGCCGAUCCGCUCCUCGCCCUCGCUCGCAUAGGCAUAAACAUGCGGGUGCGGGCAGCAGGAGGGAGAGUGGAGGAGCACGCAAGAAGGCCGGCCGAGCAGGCAGAGGAGCUCUUAAUAAAGCAAGUUUUCUCUGUAGAGAAAGAGAGAAAAUGGGGGCAGGUAGGGAGGUUCCAAUCUCAUUGGACGGAGUGAGAGACAAGAACUUGAUGCAGCUCAAGAAACUCAACACCGCCCUCUUCCCUGUCCGCUACAACGACAAAUACUACGCCGAUGCCCUCGCCUCUGCCGAAUUCACCAAGCUAGCUUACUACAGUGACAUUUGUGUUGGUGCAAUUGCAUGUCGGCUUGAGAAGAAAGAAGGUGGGGCUGUCCGGGUUUAUAUCAUGACAUUGGGUGUUUUGGCACCAUACCGUGGCCUAGGUAUUGGGACAAAGCUGUUAAAUCAUGCUCUUGAUCUUUGCUCCAAGCAGAACAUUGGUGAGAUUUACUUGCAUGUUCAGACAAACAAUGAAGAAGCCAUCAACUUUUAUAGGAAAUUCGGGUUUGAAAUCACAGAAACCAUCCAUAAUUACUACAUGAACAUUACCCCUCCAGAUUGCUAUGUUGUCAGAAAGUUGAUCAAUCAACCUCAAGCAAAGAAAUAGCAUUUCAAAUUCAGAAUGCAGUAUCAAAUGUUGGAGGUUCCAAAGAACUAGAAUGCAGAAGCAGCCUUUGUUCUUGACCUUUUUCAAUUCUUAUUCUUGUGCUGAACUGAAUGCCUCAACUAUCGAUAUUUCAAGAACAGUUUUGUAUUUUGCUCUGUAAAACUGUUAGAAGGGAGGGGUUGCUAUGUAAGAAAGUACGCAUUGUUCAGUUUUAAGACAUUGAAGUUGUUACUUACAAUU